AUGGAAUUGGCUUGCGGGUAUCGACCCAAGAAUGAAAUCAAGGUGAAAAGAAUGAAUGGCGAGACAAUGGGCUUGAAUUUGGACAGUAGUUACAAUACCCUUUUGGUAAUUAAGCUUCCUAGUUCACAGGCUCUAAGGGUUGUGUCUCGAUCCUUGUUUCUUGCAAUGCUGAUUAUCGCAUUGCCCUGCAUUGGUUCGUUCCUUAGAGGAAUACCCAGUUCUUUGAAUGACGCAGAAGCGAUUGGGUCUCAUUCGAUUGGUUCUGAUUUUUUGCCUUUGCUUUUUCACGAUUUGUCGGCCGAAGGGCUGGUCAAGAAAGGCGAUAGAGUUCUCAUUUUGAGCUCUGGUGGUGGAAAUUUCAUGGAUUAUUCAGAGUUCUUGAACGAGAAUGGGAUUGAUUUGGCCAUUGAAUCCGAUCUAGCCAUGAAAGGAUCAAUACCAGAUGAGACAUUUGAUUUUGUGCUUUCGUUUAGCGCAAACGAUAAUAAAGUUGUGGAUAGAGUGCUCAAGAUCGGGGGUCUUUUGGUUAUGCAAGUAAGCAAUGACCCUUCAAAUCCGUUCCAGCAACAUUCAAAUUACAAAAUCGUGUAUCUUAGGCGAUUUGACUCCAUCGUGGUUGCAAUGAGGAAGGCGGGUUUGGCGGAUGAAUUUGUGAAGUUUCCAAGAAAGAUUCGACAAUGUGGUGACAUGGUGGAAGCCAAGAAAUUAGCAUUGAAAAGUUUAGAAGAUGUAUUGCUCGAGCCACCUCCUCGACGAGCAUUAGCGAGGCAAAUCAAGUUCUUACCAGACUUGUUAGGAGAUUCGCUGCAAAGUUACCGACAACGGAUUUUUAUCACAGAUGACAACGGUGGUGUUGUUCAAUGGUUUUACAAGAACUAUCCAACUAGAAACCAGUACUUUGAGGUGCACAAUUUGGAGGUUGGGAUUUACGACGAGGAAAAAGGGGAUAAAUUAUUGUCGUUGAGCAGAAGUACAAGUACGAACAAGGUGAUUGGGGUAUCGGAUUGGUUGAGUAAGAAUGUGAGGGAGGAGGACUUUGUUGUGAUGAAGGCCGAAGCGCAAGUGGUGGAGGAGAUGGUGAGGGAGAAGACAAUAUGUCUGGUGGAUGAACUGUUCUUGGAGUGCAAAUACCAGUGGCAAGGUGAUGGGGAGGAAAAUGAGGGGAAAAGAGCUUAUUGGGAGUGUUUGGCACUGUAUGGAAGGCUAAGGGAUGAGGGAGUAGCUGUCCAUCAAUGGUGGGGUUGA